AUGCCCAAGAAGGAUCAAGACGCCAUCUUGGGAUUAACAUCAUUCAACUUUAAUCAAUCAUCAUCAUCAUCUACAUCAUCAUCAACAUCUUCAUCAACCAGGGACAUCUCACCAACAAGUCUUCCUCCAAUAAUAACACUUCCAAAUGCUAAUGGACAAUCCUCAAAGUCCAAGCCAAUAUCACCAACCAACUCCAACUCAAACACAAACUCAACAAACAUGAGAAACACAAAUAUCAAACUCGAGUCAAUCGCAUCCAGACUUGGUACACUCCCUCCAGCAUCAUCCUCAAACAACACAUCUACAUUGCCAUCACCAAACAAGUUACCAUUCAAUCCAUUCAACUCAAUCUCAAACUCAAUUUCAAACUCACUCAACUCAAACUCAAACACAAGUUCCAACUCAAAGUUACCCAACCUCACACAUCAACCUUCAAAGAGUGCAUUUAUUGCUUCGUUCCUGCAUGAAUUGAACCAUCCUCAAGAGUACAUUGGUGACUCUGGUGACUUGGACAACCCCGAGCAAUAUUAUUGCAAGUUCUGUGACAAGACCUGGCCCUCCACUUACUUCAAGAACAAGCAAUCAUUUGGCGCACACUGUUCCAACUGCUCACGAAAGAGAAAGCAACGCGAUGAGAGCUUCCCAUUCGUACCCGAGCUGAACUCGGACAAACGCCACCGCAACAAUCAUAGUAGCCGGCUGGGAGAUGAGCCAUCAUCAGACAUGGAGGACAGCGACUCAUGGUCUACCUACGCCUCCGAGGACAUCCAUCGCAUCCCCUCAUCUUCGCCCUUCUCACCCAGCCAGCACCAAGGCACAAGUUACUCCUCGCCCACGUUCUCACCGUCCAACGCGCUGCCCACGGAAAGUCUUCGCUUCUCAUUGCUCGAUGUCGUCGAGGACAAGAUUGCCGAGGAGAAUGAGAUAGAGUACAUGAAGAAGGACUUGAAGAACCUGGUGAGUGAGAUCCUAAUCCAGGACUUCAAGAAGGAGAAGGAGAUCAAUGACCUCAAGGUGAACUUGUCGCGCGAGAUCAAGGAGACAGAGGUGCGUGUCAUGGAGGACAUCACCGAGAAAAAGAAAGAGGAGGAGCGUCAACUGGCCACAAUUAAGGAGGAGCUGCUCCUGGAGUUCCGCCAGCAAGAGAAGCAGUUGAUGGACAAGAUUCGCGCGGCCAAGGAAGCACCAGAGUCCAAGGAAUUGCUGGAACAAGUGGACCGCACACAUUCAAAUCUUAAGCGACUGGUGAGUGAGCGCAUUACAAUGAUGAACAACGCCAUGAUGACUCAGGAGCGAGAGCUGAUGCGUCUUGUCACCCUGGAGACCAAGGAGUGCGAGAAACAUGUACAUAAGAAGUUUGAUGGCAUCAGGAAAGAGUUGAACGACUUCACAGAGGGACUGGCAUCGUCCUUUGAGCUCAUUGAGAACAUAGUAGGAGGCAGUGGCACUGGCAUCAAUCAAUCAAACACAUCAUCAUCUAUAAGUGUUAGAGAUGCCAGCGUUGGAAGUGGAAGUGGAAGUGGAAGUAGUUUCAUCAGUGGACCAGUCAUCAAUAGAGUAGUGUCCACAUGA